GCGGGGGCGUGACGUGAGAAGUACCCGGCUGGGGAGAGACGACCCGGGACCUCAGCUUCUUUACCCUCGGCUCUGAUUAUGUUGUCCUGCCCCGGACUGGACUGGUCUGGGAAAUCCAAAUUACACCAAGAAACAGCAUACCUCUUUUGGCCUUGAUGGAGUUGGGUUAGCUGUCAAUCAAAAAUUCUCCCUCACUAGUUCAAGGAAAAAACAGGAGAUUCCCGUUCCCCUGCCGAGGCUUCCUCCAAAUCCCCAGCGCUAUCAGCACCUCCCCCAGCCCAGGCGGCUGGGGACCCUGCCUGGCUCUUGGGUGACUGCUGGCAAUGCUGAGCAGAGCUGUGUAGCCUUCAGAGGGCCUGGGGCCAGGCUGCGACCAAGGGGACAUCAGAGGACAGAGCCUGAGACAGACUGAGCCCGAGACAGCCUGAGACAACAAGACUGAAGCAGGGCACCAGGCCCAUAGAGAGGAAGGGAGGAAGGAAGGAGGGAAGGAAAAAAGAAAACGGAUUAGGAUAAAAGAAAGAAAGAGGGGAGAAUUACAGAAAAGAGGGGAGGCAGGAUGAAAAAAGGGGGAGAGCAGGGAAAGGAAGGCGUGCAGAGAGUGAGCAGGAGGAAGGGCGCUGACAGGAAGGCAGGACGGGGCAGGGCGCGGGCUGGCCGAGCAGCCGUGGCAUUGUGCAGCCCGCUGGCUGGCCGGGCCUUUGCCGCGGGACCAGCUCCGGGCGCGGCGGCCACUUCUGUCUGGACACAAAGGAGGAAGAGGCCUUCUCUCCUGCCUCUCCCGGGCGACCUGCUGAGACGGCACUGGGCACAGGAGAGGCCUCGCAGGGGGAGGAGCACCCUUACUACAUCACCUCAGAUCUGGACAGCUGGGACCACAAUCAAGCUAGCACCACCGUGGGAAGGACAGACAGACAGAAAGACAGGCAGCUCAGGCCUGCGCUGGAAGCAGAAACUGAAUUCUCCUGGCCUGCGGCGAGGAGACCAGCGUCCUGCACCCACCCCAGGGCGUUGGGCAGAGACCCGGAAGACUCGGUCCCUCUGGCUUGGUCCAAUCCCGCCUCGGGAAGCGCCUUCGUUACCUGCUCCUCGGCUCCCCACGGCCACAGAUGCAGGGAAGCCGCCUCCGCCGGGGGAGGGAAGCCCCGGCCACCGCAGCCGCCGCUGCCCGCCCUCCUUCCCUCCCUCCCUCCCUCUUCCUCGCCCUCCCUCCCUCUCUCCCUCCCUCGCGCGCUGCCGCUCGCGGGGCCCUCCCGCGGGCAACCUGUUCUGGAUCAAAUCCAGGUAGCUCCGAAAGAGACAAAAAAGAAAGGACCUCUUACGUGGAAAAGAAAGAAAGAAAGACCUUUAACUGCAUUUAUUUUUCACGCUCUGACCCUUGGUGGGCCUCAGUUCAGGCGUCCUGGGCCCGGCCCUGCAGCUGCAGAGGUGUGCGGGGCCUGCCGCCUCGCCCACGCUGGCCGCCGCGCCCGGCGCACUGUGCGCUGCACACUCUGGGCCCCCGCCCCCGCAGCCCAAACACCAAACAGACCUCAAGGUUCUUACUACAGACUCAACCUCCGGUCGCCUGCCUCGCCGCUGGCCUCUGCCCGGGAGCCCGCUCCGCUCCGUCUGCGGCCAAAGUCCACACACAAUCCACCUUGUUCGUGCUCUCACGCCCGGCCGGACACUCUUCCUAGCCAAGGCGCCCACUGGCCACCCUCGGGCCGCGGCCUUGCCCGGGGCUGCAAACCUCCUCCCCUGCAGGGACCCACACAAAGCCCAGUGUCCUGACGCUCCCACCUGCAGCCCCUGUCCCUGGUCCCGCUGCCCUUCACCUGUUCCCGAGAAGGGCUGCAUCUCCGAGCUAGCCGAGGCAGGCCGGUGGGCCCGGGCGGAGGGUGCUUGGGGAGCCGAAGUCCCAGGGAGGCCACAGAGGCUCGGCCGGCUAAGCCGGAGCCCCCGCAGGCGGCGAGAGAUCUCAGAGACCAAGGCUCUCCUUGGCGAGCUCUUGCCUUUUCCUCCUUCUCCUGCAAGUCUUAAACACUCACACGCCGAGAGUUCAGCUCUAUAAAUCCUGCUCCUCUUUCCCAUAUCAUAAUUAAAAAAAACCAGUAGGGGAGGUUUUAACUUUUAUUGCGAUUUCUGGAGUUGGGCUGCGGAGCAUAUAUUAAGUUUACGCUUAUGCACUCUCGGCGGGGAGGGUCCUUUAAGAAAUAAAAAUCCAUCUUAA